UAGCUAUGACCUUCUACAUCUCCAGCACUGUCUGAGACACCAAAAUGAAAUGAAUUCAACAUCUGCUGGGGAUUCAUCCUCUUCUUUCCCUUCUUCAGUGGAGAUGCCUGCUUGUUACAGGGAUCUAUGCGGAGGAACAAGUAACUUUGUCAAUAUGCCCUAUUGGACAUUGGUAUUCUACACCGGAGAGUCCUAUGGAAUAUAGUCCGCUUUGCCACACUUCUCAGCCGGUGAAAAAUCAACUUUUCUUGUUGUGCAUCAUGCUGUCUCUGUGGGUGUACAUGCUCUACUGCUGCGUGGGCUACUGCUCCACCACACCGACUUUCAUGCUGGAUGAACGGAGCAGGAGGAUGCCGCCACCCACAGCUCUCCAGAACCAGCCUGAAGAACUGGAGAUGUUCCUCAAAAGCCAAACGAGGGACUUAUUAAAUAACGAGAGCGAUGCUGACAGCAGAGGAGAAGGCUGGGAGGAGAAUAAGGGCGAUGUGACUUAUGACGAGGACUCUGGAGUGACAAAUGCCCCGAACGGGUCCGAGAUAAAAAAGUUGCCCCAAGCGAUUAUUAUUGGGGUGAAGAAAGGAGGAACGCGCGCGCUGCUGGAGUUUCUGCGACUUCAUCCGGAUAUCCGCGCGGUGGGAGCGGAGCCGCACUUCUUUGAUCGCAACUAUGAGAAAGGACUCGAGUGGUACAGGGAACUAAUGCCGAAGACUUUGGAGGGUCAGCUGACCAUGGAGAAGACACCGAGCUACUUUGUAACCAAGGAGGUUCCAGGCCGGAUAUAUGCCAUGUCCAAGGGCACCAAGCUGAUAGUUGUGGUUAGAGACCCUGUAACCCGGGCAAUUUCGGACUACACGCAGACCCGCUCAAAGAAACCUGAUAUCCCCUCCUUUGAGAGCUUGACUUUUAAGAACAUCACAGCAAACCUAAUAGACACCUCCUGGAGCGCGGUCCAGAUCGGCAUGUAUGCCAGACAUCUGGAGCGAUGGCUGCAGUUCUUCCCCAUGAGCCAGUUCUUGUUUGUGAGCGGGGAGCGACUGAUCAGCGACCCCGCGGGGGAGAUGGCCCGUGUACAGCACUUCUUGGACCUGAAGAGGGUGGUCUCGCACAAACACUUCCACUUUAAUCCAGCCAAGGGCUUCCCCUGCCUCAAAAGACCUGAAAGCAACAGCAAACCACACUGCCUCGGCAAAACGAAAGGUCGAACACACCCAAACAUUGAUCCGGAUGUGAUUCAAAGAUUGAGAGACUUCUACAAGCCAUUUAACAAAAAGUUCUACCAUAUAACAGGUCAUGAUUUUGGCUGGGAUUGAGAUUUUCUCUUGAACACAUUUUUUUUGGAAGAUAAUUAAUUGUAAAAAAAAAAUACAGAAGUCUAUUUUAUCAUAAUUUAUUUAAGAGUAAUAUACUCACUCCGCUGCCUAUCUGUUGUUGUACAAACUGUAAGUUUCUACUUCAUACAUUCCAGUCGAAUCUGUAAGCUUGAUAUUUAAUAAGCUUGAUCAUUUGCAUUUUCAAAUGGGAAGCACUGUUUGACAGAGGAAAAAAGCACAAUGAAACUAAUUACGGGUAUAUGAUGUGAUAUGAUGAAGUCUCUUCAUCCUGCACUGGGAAAAUAUUCUGAUCAUUUCUCAAUUCAGUUGCACAACAGGCCCUAAUUUCUAUUUUAAUAAACAUUUUCUUUCAUCUGUUUCACAAGGAUACCAAAAUGCCAUCAUUCGUUUUCUUUAAAAGGUUCAGUAAUUAGUCUCGACUGUUUGAAAGCCACUUCUGAAGGAUCAAUACACUCAAAGCUAUACAACAAUAUGGCAGAAAAAUUGUCUUGCACUGAUUUUUAGGACACCAGCUGUAUGUUUAAGAUAAUUUACGUAAAUAUACUUCAGCAUUACGCACAAAGGAGGGAAUUCACUAAUAAUGAAUUGAAAGUUUGUGCUGAAAGGUAUGUGCAUGGUGCAAUUCCCCAUCUUGAUUUAAUUCAAAUACACAUGGUGCAGCGCUAUACCAGUGCAAAUAAUGACUGGAUAAACUUUCACCCCAGUAACUGUAUUACAGCAGUGCCCAAUACUUUGGGUCCAUAUUUGUAUUUUUGAGGAGUGAAUACGUCAUUGUUAUUGUAGUUCUUGUUAUAAGACAAAGAAUAGAAAUGGAGACAAUGCUAUCACAUGUUCUUUGAUAUGGAGACGAUGCUUUCACAUGUUCUUUGAUAAUGCUGAUACACAGAAAAGCAUUUGGACAUCAUAUUACUGUAAGACCUUUUAUAAAAUCUAAGGGAUUUAUCAGUAUGAAUAUAAUAGGGACAAGUUCAGUUAACUCAAUUCAUAACUUUAAAGAAAAGCUAGUGGAACUUCUCAUCAUAUACAUUUGUCAUACAUAAAUGGUUGAGUUUUAUUCAACCCUUAUUGUAUCAGCCUCAAUUUUUGUCUGCCACUUGUUUUUAUAAUUAAUCUGAAAAUGUGUACAAAGUAAUGUAUUAACUAUAGUUUUUUUUACAAACUGCAAACCAAACAGUUUUGGCAGGGGCACGCAACACUGAGUUUUUCUGUGCCGUGAUGAAAUAAAUCUAUUUUU